AACCAGUCAAUCAUACGCCCCCCUGGGACAGCAACUCCGCAAUCAGUGACACUUACGUGCCUUGUGAAAUCAUCAAAAAGCCCCUGCACAAGUCAAUAAGGAGCAGCCCAACACUUCAUUGUCCACGCUGUCUUUCAUUCAAUUCCUGCAGUCCCGACAUGUUCUUCUGAGCCCUUUGGGGAUAUCUAUUUCUCCUUUACAACCUCCAAAUGCUCCUGUCAAUGGAUCUUGCUCGAUCAUGGCUGACCAUGCAGUCUCUACACAGCUCCCAAGCAUGGUCCGAAACCCCAAGGCUGUAUGGCCUGGACUGGUCAAGAUGGGCAUGUACCAGAAGCAGAUAGCUGGUGACGGCAAUUGUCUGUUUGCAUCCCUUUCCGAUCAACUCUACGGCACACCGGCAAAACACCCCGAGAUACGUGCAAGCAUCAUUGAGCACAUGCGGACCUAUCGACCACUAUUCGAACACUAUGUCCACAAAGACGACGUGCAACAACGUCGAACCCUCCGCUCCGCUACACUGGUCAUCCGUCAAGAGUCGGAAGACGCGUUUGAAGAAUACCUAGCCCUUAUGUCACGAUCUGGGACGUAUGGCGGAGAACCUGAAUUGGUAGCCUUUUGUCAGGUCUUUGAUCAAGAUGUGACGGUACACCUCCCACGCAUCCAGAAUUUUGAUAGGGACUCAAUUCUCUACAUUAACGAACAUCGAGAGAAGCAUCCGGCCACCUCACCCUUGCACAUUUGCUAUGGCGGAGACGAGGUCACGCGAGCACACUACGACUCAGCUCGAAGCCGAGACGGUUCAACUCCACGAAGCCGCAACAGCCCUCUCCUCAAACCUCAAGAGCUUCCUCGGAGCAUUACCGCAAGCCCUCUCUCCUCCGGACCCGUAUCCACCCUCACUUCUAGAGCCAUCCGCAACAGCAGAUCGGAGCUAUCUUCCGAACUCAUCCAUGACUUCCUCCAGAAGAGCAGAAAAGAGUCGGAGAACAAUCUGGACCAUCUCAAUGACAAGUACCGAGCCAGAAGCCCAUCCGUGACUUCCUCGCAACGGAGUUCAAGCUCAAAGAGAUCCUUGGACGAUGAUGGCGAACCAGUCCGCUCAAGCAAACGAGCUGAUAGAAGAAAGAGCACUCGAAGACGUGCAGACAUGGCAGUCACUGUCCCAGAUCCAGACGACGAACUCUCCCCACGUCUCCCUGUGGAUUCUCCCAGAGCAGACACACCUCCAAGCACUCAAGACACCGAAGUAUCAUCUGACGCUCAAUCUCAAGAACCUGCAACUGCCAUCAUCAAGACCACCGCAAUAAUGUUCGAAGACGACGAUUCCAACUUCGAACCCGUUGCCCGUGCGACGAAACAACCGAUCAAGAGUCAAACUCGAACAUCACUGCACCUGGUCACCAAUAGGGCACAAGCAUCAGAUCCAGCAAGUCCGCGGCUGAUGUCAGUUGCUGAGAGACCAAAGUCGACAUUGCGAGCAUAAGGACUGAGCGUCCAUGGAGUUACUGGUCAAAAAUCGAGGGACGUUUCGUGUCCAUCUUGUCUUGGUGAGAUGUUCUGCAUAGCGCAUGGGAUUUGCAUACAAAUGAUACCCCUUCCAGUAUAGCGUUUCCGGUGAGCAUGGCAUAUGGGUAACGGGAAUCGUGUUCAAGGCAAAGAACUUGCUAGAUCCGCAACCAUAAUAGGUUUGCAGAGAUUCAGAGAGAAAUGAUUUAUGAAGUAAACGGUCGUACCAUAGAAGAUCGCAUUCAGAUCAUACAACAGCAGUAAAGGGAAGCAGCUUGUUGGAUCUUGGUAUCAGUCUUCCAAGUAUCUUAGGUACCUACCUAGGUAGGUAGUCUCUAC